GUUUCCCGCGGGCGUCGGACAGUGGCGGCGUCGGCAGCAGUGGCGGCGGCGGCGGGUGGGAAAUGGCGGAGUACUUGGCGUCCAUCUUCGGGACUGAGAAAGACAAAGUCAACUGUUCAUUUUAUUUCAAAAUUGGAGCAUGUCGUCAUGGAGACAGAUGCUCUCGGUUGCACAAUAAACCGACCUUUAGCCAGACCAUCUUGAUUCAAAACAUCUAUCGUAAUCCCCAAAACAGUGCACAGACGGCUGACGGCUCACACUGUGCUGUGAGCGACGUGGAGAUGCAGGAGCACUAUGAUGAAUUUUUUGAGGAAGUUUUCACAGAAAUGGAGGAAAAGUAUGGCGAAGUGGAGGAGAUGAACGUCUGUGAUAAUCUUGGAGACCAUCUAGUGGGGAACGUUUAUGUCAAGUUUCGCCGUGAAGAAGAUGCAGAAAAGGCUGUGAUUGACUUAAAUAACCGCUGGUUUAAUGGGCAGCCGAUUCAUGCUGAGCUCUCACCCGUGACCGACUUCAGAGAAGCCUGUUGCCGUCAGUAUGAAAUGGGAGAAUGCACACGAGGCGGCUUCUGUAACUUCAUGCACCUGAAGCCCAUUUCUAGAGAACUGCGGCGGGAGUUGUACGGGCGUCGCCGUAAGAAGCAUCGAUCCCGGUCUCGGUCCCGGGAACGGAGGUCUCGAUCUAGAGACCGUGGGCGCGGUGGAGGCGGUGGCGGUGGCGGCGGCGGGGGACGGGAGCGCGACAGGAGGCGAUCGAGAGAUCGGGAACGAUCUGGGCGAUUCUGAGCCAUUUUUACUGUAUGUCUGCUAGAAAGUGCUGUAGUUGAUCGACCAAACCAGUUCAUAAUGGAAAUUUUUUUAAAAAAACAACAAAAAAACACACAAAGAUGGAUUUCUGAAUAAAAUUUGUAGUGAUACAGUA